AAGCCACAAACCAACCUUUUCUCAUAAUUACAUUAUUUUCAAUUUGUAUUAUUCGUUACUGUGUUUAAUGUUCAUUCAAUUGCUAUUUUGUCAAUUUUAAAUCAUAAUUAUUUCAAAUUAUUAACCUUUCUAAUACUUGUGAGCGAAAGCAAAAACAUGGCGAGAGGCAUUAGCACAGCGCCAGCUUAAAACACUAGUGUAUUAUGUUUUGCGCAUGCGCAAUUAUCACACACUUGACCACUAACUAAUGAUAUCAUGUUUCCCCGUUUCAUAAGUUUCGUGUUCCUGAGUCAAUGUGCAGAUUAUAUAAAUAUCUACGAGAGAACUGAAGCUAAAGCUGAGAAGGUCAACAUGUGGAGUGGCUGUCUUUUGUUGCUGUUGAUAUUUCUCACAUCUCUACCGUCAGCUACUCAAGCUGUGUGCUGCAAGUCGACUUUUUCAAUAUUUAGCACCACUUGCUGUGAUGACUUGUGUGUUGCAGAACGUGGAUUAGAUUACCUAUCAAACGAACCAAUUACAAAUUACUACUGUUUGAACAAGAACGCCAACCCUCACUGGAGAGAAUCUUGCAGUGGACAGCGAGAUACGAGCACGAAUGUUGUACAAUGCUGCAUUAGUGAAGCAAACUGCAACACUCAACUAUUCCCUCGUCUACCCAGUGAACCCAGUGAACCCACAGUACCAACAAACGUACCAACAACCAUUGCAUCAACAAAUGAACCAACAGCCAUGGCAUCAACAAAUAAACUAACGACCAUUGCAACAACAAAUGAAACUGCCGCAACAACUUCACCGACAAUCAUUUCACAGUCUACUAAUGAAGACUCUACCACUGAAGAAUACGUCUCGUCCACAACCAAUGAAGUAAUUGCUGCCACUGCAAGCAUCACAACAGAUGGCAAUUUGAUAGAGUGUGAGAAUAGAAUUGAAGGAGUUCCAUUAAAUGGACACCCUGGAUAUUGCCUCGGGAAGCGUUGCUAUGUGGAACUGAAUCGAUUGGGUAACUCGCGAGUGUGGGGCUGCGUGGAUGAAAGGUUUAUCAACUGCUCUGCAUAUAGUGAAUCAAAGAUCGUUUCUUGUUGCUCCUCUGUUGAUCGUUGUAACAACUUCCUGAGCCCAACGUUGCCAUCAGAAAGGACUGCCACUGCGGGGACUGCCACUAUGGGGACUGCCACUAAUGGGUCCACAACGCAGCAGACGUCACCAGACAGUGUCACAAGUGCAGGCAAUAUUCCGAACAAUUCUCUUACAUUCAUAUUAGUGACUAUUAUCGUAGUUCUCGCUGUGGCGUUACUGAUCAGCAUAACUGGAUUCCUUGUAUACAUUUUAUGGAGAAAGCACACUCAAACCAAAGUCAUCAUCACAGGCUUCACAGGCCCAUACCCAGAAUCAUCGAGUGAUGUAAUGACAUCAUCGGCUGAUUCUAGUAAAGUUGAUCUGGACACCAGCCUGUAAUUAAACUUCAAGAGACUUUGGUAUAGCUCUUAAUCAAUGUUUUGUUUUUUGUGUUUCAUGUCUCCCCUUGUUCUGCCAACACUUUGUUUUUACAGGUCACCAUUAAUUUCGUUACUGUGGUGCAUUGUUUAGCUUGUUUACUAUCAAAUAUCCAUGAUGCUCCA